AGGCCGCGCUGGCUCAUGGUGCGGAGCUGGGCGGCCAGCGCUCCAGGCCAUGUUCGUUUCCAUCGCCUUCCCCCGUCCGCUCCUCUCGACUGGGCGUAAGAGUGACCUUUCGCCGGAGGGACCUUUCGCCGGAGUCCCUCCCGCCCGGCCGCGCCAUGGCUGCCUGCCGGAGGCCGCACCCGCCGAGCCCGCUCGCCACUGAUAGCGACGCCGAGCUGGCGGGGCUCGCCGCGCGCAGCACCGCCCGCAGGCAGGCCGCCGCCGCAGCGCUGGCCGCGGCCGCGGCGUCGCUGGUGCUCCUGGCGGUGGCCGGGCGCGGGGGAGCUCCUGCGGGAGCCGUGGCCGCCGCCUGGCCCGAGGUCAUCGUCAAGGCCUCCGACGGCCGCAGCGCGUGCGUCCUCUGGGGGGACCUGGCGGUGCGGCACGGGGCCGCGAACGCGUCCUUCUCGACGUGGGACAAUCGCAGCGACGUCACGUUCGUCUUCGAGGGGGAUCUGUGGCUGGUCCGGAUGGACGACGUCCAGAUUCAGGCCCGGACUGGCAGGUUGAGCGAUGGGCAGACGGAGUACGUUAACGUCCUUAAAGAGAUUGCCAUCGGUGGCUCUGCCUUGACGGGGAACGUCCUCCACAUCUCCGCGACAGGCGUAACAUGGCGUAAAGCUGACGGAUCGGAGGAGUCCAUCCUCAGUGACCUGGACACCGAGUUUUCGAACGAGCUCGUCGAGGCAAAAAGGGAUAAUUCGGGGGAUGCCGUCCUGCCCGAUCGCGAGGGCGCCAAGUUGAGUGUGGUGCACGUGAGGCUACCACAGUCGGUUGAGCUAGAGGUCUAUCAAUGGCCUGAGUCCGGUGGCCACUUCAUCCACGUCAAGAUCAUUACGCCGUUGGAAAGCACUUAUUCGGGCAUUUGCGCGGAUAGCACAUUGCCAGGAGUAGGGGUACCCAUAUCAGCAAGCCUGUUCCUCGCAUCCAAUCACAGCCGGAGCUGCGCAGCAAAGGAGUCUGAAGUUCCUUGGCCUUACGGGACGGGUGAUUGUUUGGCAUCUGAAGUACAGCUUGCCAGCUACAGCGCCAUUGACAAUUCAAUAACUUGUGGAUUCUGCAGGCAAAAUAUGUUCGUUAAAUUUCUUGGGGAUCUUGCCAAUCAAGUGAAGAAAUUGAAAGGGCAGGAGUGUUUCCAAGGGGUGAUAUACGGAGUGGCAUUUGGUUCUAAGUAUGAAGCGAUGUUAGAUACAACCGACGGUGCGAUGGUUGAUCGGCUUCUCCAGAUUCACCAGCGAUGUUUUUUUUAUCGGAGACUCCUACGGCGAGUCACCGACGGCCCCUACCCUUUCGGAAGCGCCUAUGUGGCCGCGCGUUGAGGCCAGAGCUCUGCCAAGCUAGCGGACCAUGUGUUCCCCGAAUC